CGUGCCAGUGAGGGUGCAAAAAAUGUUCUUCUGUCGCGUUGUAAACAUGAAUUAGCUUGUUUGCAUAUGUUUUUGGAUGAAAUGAAAGAAAGAUUAGUCAUUUUUGAUGAAGCAUUGGCGUUUCCUAAUUCUGUUGUUAAACAAAUAAGAAAGGUAUUUGCUGCGGUUUGGGGUAUUUGUUCUCUUUUAAAUUGUGAUGUGGAUUCUUCCUAUUCAUCAGUAGAAGAAAUUUUGGCCUCCAGAGAUUAUUUUAAGAAACUUUGUGGAUCUGAAUCUCUUGCUGUUUCUUCUGAAUUUGAGGAUGUUACACGUGCUGAAUGUGUGCAUGUGAUGAAACGAGCUGUGAUGCGUCUUGCACCUGAUUUGAUGAAUGAAGUAACUUUACGUCUUCCCGAAAAGUUACAACGUGGGGUUCAGGAAAGUGUUCAAGAGCGUGAUAAUUUGAAGGAGUCUCUGGAAGAAUUAACGGAUUCUAGUGCGAAGGUUCAAAAUGAUUUAAAUACGCUUAUGAAUGCAGCGGAGAUUUCUCUAAAGUUUUUGCGGUCUAAUGAUACGAAUGCUGAUUCUUUAAUUCCAAAGGUGAGUGUUUCGUUGUUGUCUAGAUCUUUGAUGUCAUCCGCGGAAGAUACUUCUGGAAGAUGUAAUGAACUUUGCGCAUUGUGUAGGGAGUGUAGUACUAUUGUUGCCCAAGCACGUAAAUUAGAAUCUGUCGCUCCUUCUCCUGAUCAUUCAUUGUCUUCUAAAUGUGGUGAAAUUGCCUCUGAACUGUUAUUAGUGGAUCAUUGCAAAGAAUUGGUAUCAGAGUUGCUUGCACUUCGUGCAGGUCGACGUACAGGUUAUGCUGCAAUGGAGCGAAACGCAGCGGAUAUUGAUUUAUUAAAGGAUGCUUUACGUAGUGCUGUAGAGACACUUUCAGCUACACUUGAUGAUGCUCCUUCUACCGUAUUGGUUUCAUCACUUCGUAGUUCUCCUUCUUCUGUUGCAAUAGAUGAUGUUUCAGUAUUUUCUCUUUGCGCACAGUUGGAGUCUUGUGUACAUAGUGCGGCGAAGCAAUUACGUGAAAGAGAUCGUUUGGCUGGUGUUUGUGUAAAACUUCUUCAAGAUGUACUAACACCAUCUGGUGGAGAUGUAAGAGGAGGAGAGGCAUUACUUCCUAUUGUACGAGAAGUUGCACAUGAAGUGGAAUUCUCCCGACUUGAACUGGAUAGUUUACGAAGAAAUAUUGAUCAAUAUAAACGACAAAUGGAAGAGUUACAACAUCGUCUUGAGGUGGAAGAGUCUAAUAAUCGCAAUGCGUUAGCCACACAAGCUGAAUCUCAUGAUGCAGUAGAAAAACAAUUAAAAGAAGUAACCGAACGUCAAAUGACUGCUACAGCAAAUGCUGCAAAACUACUUCGAAUAUUAUCUGAAUUCUCUGGUAGUGUGGCUGCAAUUACUUUACAUGAUGAUAGUGAUAGUGAAAGCAAAGAGAAAGAAGAUGUCAUGCCAACAACAAGAAGAAGUGAAUCUACAGGAGAAAAAGAUAAUGUUUCUGUAAGUGGAGUAAAUGAUACCGUAAGCAAAGAACGACUGGAUAAAAUAUUAGAACAUUGUUCAGAUGUUAUGCGUGAACUAGAGGCAGCGAAAUCCAAAACAAAACUUCUCUCAUCUGAAGUAGAAGAUUUACGUGGAAAACUACGAGAAGGUGAAGAUACAGCACGAGAAUUGGAAUAUCAUGUACGUAGUGCAGAAGAAAAGUCUGCCCUUCGUAGUGCUGAAAUGGCAGAUGAAAUGGAAUUUCUUCACAAAACAUUAAUGACGAGAGAAGUGGAAUGUGAAAAACUACAACUUCAAGUUCAAGCACAAGAAAGACGAAUAGAUGUAAUGCGAGCAGAGAUGGCAGAGGCUGCUAAAUCGCAUGGUAGUGAACGUGAUAAUUUAUCAAAGGUGAGUUCUACAUUACUAUCAAAUAAUGAGGAAAUGCAACGUCAAUUAGAAGAAUUACGUGAAGAGUUAAAUGGUAAACGUAAAGAGAUACAAGAUUUCUUACAUGAAACACAAAUUGUUUCUUUACGUGAAGGAACUUGUAAAAUGCGAGAAUUAACAGUAGAAGUUAUGUUAAGUACAUUAUUACAUGAGGAAACCGAAGAUCGUUUACGAUUAUAUCAAGAUUGGAUUAUUCGUUAUCCUUCACAACCGGCUCUUCUUUUAGGUAUUUGUUCUCAUAUUGCCACUAUACUUUCAGAAUCUAUAUUAGAACAUCUUCCUAUGCGUGUGGCUCAAUUACAAAUGGAUGAACGGGAUUGUAUGAAAAGACUUGGAGUUCCUGCGAAAACACCAGGACCAACACGUGCGGCUAUUAUGAAGAUAUUACAGGAAUGGAUGGAACUUCUUAAUAUAGAGUCUACAAUAGAUUCAGAAUCCUUACUUCCAGAGAUGCAUAAUGCGAUUACUUCUCUUAUUGCUGGAUAUACUCCUCUUAAGAAAAAGAUUACUGUAUUACAGAAAGAGAUGGAGAAUACCACCGUAGCUUUACAAUCGGGAUGUGAACAGGUAACACAAAUGACAAGUUUACUAAGACGUGUACAUCCAGUGGAUGAAACUUUGGCCUCAUGUUGUUCUUAUCUUUUAUUAUCUUCACAAUCCACAGAAACAGAGACGGAAGUAUCUUCUCUUAUUUCAUUACAAACAAGUCUUGCAACAUUACGUUCGGAAUGUGAAUGGGUUUCAGAGAAACUUCUUAAUUAUACUGAACAAACACGUAAAGCAUUAGAAGUUUUAAAACCUGUAUAUAAUGGAUCUAGUGUAGUAGAAGCUUGUGUACGAACUGUAGAAGAAUUACAAGAACGACGUACAAAAGAAUCAUCAUUAUUAGAUGAAUUAACGAAAGAACGUGCAAAUCUUCAAUUAUGCCGUGAUUCUAUUGAAUCUAGUAUGCGUAUAUUACCACGAUUAACUACCACUAAUGAUAAGAAUGAUGUGGAAAGUGAUGGAUUAGUGCAGCGUUGUACAGCUUUAACAGCAGAACUACAGAGAGUAACUGAAAUAUUGAAAAGAAUAGAAGAAUCCAUAAUUCAAGAGGGUUUUAAUACUCAUGAUGGGGAUAUUUAUGCAAAUAUGAAUUCUUUACUAAAUGAAUUACGGCGAAGAGGAGAACGUGUAAAGUUAUUGGAAGCAGAUGGUGAACAUUCACAACAGAAAAUCCAACAAUUAGAAAAAAGUAUGCAAGCAGCAGAUUUAGAGAUGCAAGAGACAAUAAAAACACAUAAAGAAACAUUACAAGAUUUACAACAACGUGCAAAGGAGAAACAAGAAAAAUUAAAUACACAAAUUGUAGAGUUUACACAAGAAAAUGAUACCUUACGUACAUGGAUUGCAGCUUGUGCAAAUAUUAUUGGAUGUUCUAGUGAAAGUGGAUGGGAUGAAACUUGUAGUGAACACACAUUAGAAGUUCUAAGAGAUCUUGUUCAAUCUCGACAGGCAUUACAAGUAGAUGUGGAAGAUCUUCAUACACAAUUAACUUCCGCAAAGGCAGCCUGUGCAACUUCUGAAGGUUUACGUUUAUUAGCUCAAGAAGAACAACAACGACUCCUAAAUGAGGAACAACAAUUAAAUAAUGAACUUAGUAUAUCCGAAACGACAAGAGAAAAAUAUCAGGUUUCCCUAUUACAAUUAGUAGAGACAGUGGAAACUGUGGUUCCACAACUUUGCCCAGGAUAUAUAGCUGAUAUCAUACCAACACCAUUACCACCACCAAUAGUAUUAACAACAGCAACAUCCAUCACAUCAUCAUCAUCAUCUACAAUGAUUACUACACCCAUGAUAGAAGGAAUGGAAACAGGACUUUCAAGUUCAUCUAUGGAACUUCGUUCUUCCGCUGCUGCACAACGAUUACGAAGUGCAUCUGAGGCUGCAGGAUUACAUAUACAGAGUCUUCAUGAAGAAAUUAAUACACUUAAGGAAAUUAAUGCGGAACAAUUAGGUGAAUUAGAAAUGGCAACCGAUAAUCUUAAGAGUGCUGUUCAAAAUACUGAUCAUUUCAUGCUUGAUAAUAUUAUCCAAUUAAGUUAUGCUGUUAAAGAAGAACUAGAAGAAGCUUUGGAUAAAAAUAAAAGACUUGAAAAGGAAGUAGAGACAUUACAUCGUAAAAACGCUAUAGAGAUUGAAUCUCGAGAAGCUACAGAGAAACGAUUUGAUAGAGUAAAUUCCAUUGUAGAUGAUUUGGAAACAAAGAAUAGUGAAUUACAAGAGGAAUUACGUGUUCUUCAUUCCUUUAUUAACACACUUGCGGUAGAUAUGGGAGAAGAAGAACCACAUGGACAAGUUGCCUUUAAUGAACUCAAACAAAAAUGUACAGAUGCGAAAACCUCCGCUUUACAAAAAUCAGAAGAAUUAGAAAGACUUCGUGAAGAAUUUGAAGUCUUAAGUGGAAGUUCAGCGGCAUUAGAACAAGCCCAUCAUAAUGAUUUGGAGGAAUUACAAAAAUUAAAACAAAAAUUAAAUGAAAUUCAACAGGAACGUGAUAAUUUAGUAAAAGCCUCUGAAGAAUUGGUAGAUCGUGUACAAAGUGUAUUAGAUGAUCAUGUAGAAGUUCAACGGGAAUUAUUUUUUGCCGAUGAUGAUGAUGUUACGGUAGGUGAUAUUGUUCAACUUGCUGUAGAAAGAUUAGAAAAGAAUCGUUUGGAAAUCCUAAAGAAGAAUGAAAGUCUUACCCAAUUAGAAGGUGAAAAUGAAAAAAUGAAAAAUACAUUAGAACAAUAUGAACAUCAUUUCAUUUCCAAAAAUGAAGAAAUUGAAAACUUACAUGAACAAUUAAGACUCGCAGCGGAAGGUCAACAAACGACAGAAUCGGAACAAUCAAAGAAAUCUGCAGAAGUGGAAAGUCUUCAUCGUCAAUUACAAGCCCUUUUUGCAGAUGCCAUACAAAUUGCCACUAAUGAAAUGCAAUUACAACUUCCUCUCUUUACAGAUAGAAGUACAACAGGCGCUUUACAAGGUCUUCGUUCACUCUUUGAUUUUAUUGCAGAGAAAUUCCGUAAUGGUAUGAUACCAGAUGAAGAAGUGGAAUCAUUAAAACGUCGUCUACAAGAACAAGAACAUUAUUAUGCAAAAGAAGCAAAGAGUUUAUAUCGUGCAUUUCAUGAUCAUAUUAUUCCAUAUACUGGAAGUUUAUUAAGUGAUAAUAAUAAUAAUAAUAAUAAUAAUAAUAGUAAUAAUGAAAUGAUGAUGAUGGAUAGUAAAGGAAAUUCAUUCCAUCGUCUCACCCCUCAACAUUUGGUAGAAGCCGCAGAAACUCUUUAUCAUACACAUAGUGAUGUUCGUCAUGCAAUUAAACUCUUAUCACCAUUAACAUCUACAGAACUUCCAUUACAUCUACAGAAAGUAUCUCUUCCACAAUUAGCGGCAUCUCUUAAUACUGUUACAUCUUCUAUUGCAGAAGGUGUAGAUAUUAUGCAAGAUGCUAUUCGUACAGUCUCAUCUGCGGCAUUUAUUCAACCUGUAGAGUUUCUUUCUCACCAUCAUCCUCAUCAUCCUCAUUCUCAUGGAGAAGAUAAUGAGGAAUAUAAAGAAAAUAUACGGGAAUGGAUACGAAAUAUGUUAUCCGUAUUAGAACGAUCAAGACGUCGUCAAGAUGAUACGGAUCGUUUAUUGGAUCUUCUCACUUCUCUCGUGCGAAGUCAUGGUGGAAUAGUGGAAGAUACAUUAUUAGAUUCUAUGAAUACAACCACUACGACUACGAAUACCAAUAAUAAUAAUAAUAAUAAUAAUAAUAAUAAUAUUCCUUCUACUAUUAUGAAUGCCUCUUUACGAGAUCUUAACAGUAGUCGUCAUGAUACCCCGUCUCUUUCUGGUCGUUCACGGGUUGUGUAUGAUAGUUUGCAGGAACUUCUCAUGCGAUUAGAUGCCCGCGGCCGAGCUCUCACAUCGGAAUGGCAGGCGUUAAUGGAUCAAAACAAUCGAUUACAACAGGAAUGCCGUCGGAGUGAAGAAGAACAGGAAGAAGUUCAACAACAUUUACAGGAAUUACGUGGUGUUGUUCGGCGAAAGAUUGAAGAGGAUAGACGUGUGGAAAAUAGUUUACAGGAAUUGGAUAGACAUCUUGAUAUGCAAGCACGUGAAUUGGCAUUAAAGUAUCGGGCUGAUCAUGAUACUAUUGUACGGCAAUUCACAGAAUUGAGAGGAGCGAUUCGACAUACAUUGAAACCCUCACGUUCACGUUCCGCUGCAUCCACCGCACUCACAUCUUAUCAAGGUUAUUAA